AUGACUCAAGAUCCUCGUGUCCUAAUCCAAAAAGCCGACAAAGCGCUAUCUAGCGCCUCUGGCGGCUUUAGCUGGUUUGGAGGACGCGCAGAGAAGUACGAGGCUGCCGCAGACCUAUACAGCCAGGCUGCAAAUGCGUUCCGAGUACAGAAGAUGAACAAGGAGGCCGGCCAGGCUUUUGAGAAGGCCGCCUCUAUCCAAACCCAGAACCUCAACGAACCCGACGACGCAGCCAACACCCUCCAGGAGGCGUUCAAGGUCUACCGCAAGUCAGACCCCGAGGAUGCUGCCCGCGUACUUUCCAGUGCUAUUGAGCACUACGUUCUACGAGGAAACUUGCGCCGUGCGGCGACGCAGCAGCAAUAUCUGGCUGAGGUCUAUGAGGUGGAGCUUGGAGAUAUGAAGAAGGCGCUGGAAUCUUAUGAGAAGGCCGCCGAGUGGUUCGAGGGUGAUAAUGCUGAAGCCCUUGCAAGCAAGCACUAUCUUAAGGUAGCCGAUCUGGCCGCCUUGGAAGGCGACUACUACAAGUCCAUCACCAACUAUGAGCGCAUUGGCCGGAGUUCUAUUAACAACAGCCUGAUGAGAUGGUCUGUGAAGGACUAUCUCCUGAAGGCAGGCAUCUGCCACCUUGCCACGAAAGAUUUGGUUGAGACCAACCGUGCACUGGAAUCAUACCGUGAACUUGAUCCUAGCUUUAAUUCUACACGGGAGCACCAGCUACUUGUGGACCUCGCCCAGGCUGUUGAGGGUGGUGACCAGGAGGCCUUCGCUGACAAGCUGUUCCAAUAUGACCAGCUCAGCAAGCUGGACAAGUGGAAGACCACCCUGCUCUUGCGGAUCAAGAAUAACAUUGAGGAGGCCGAGGAGGACUUCUCGUAA